GAGAAAGUCGCGGGACAGCGGCCGAGGAGAGGAAAAUUAUGAGCCCAAGCCAUGACAAGCUCCUCACCUAUUGCUGGAGGUUUCCUUCUGGACGCCUACAUUAGCGGCGGCAGCGCGAACUUGUACGGGCGACCCGGGUUGUGUAUGACCGGUAACGGCGCUUUGGACAGUGCACACUGGCAGCCGUGUGCUCGCAUCCCCCCGACUUCGGACGCACACAACGCGCGAGCCCUCUCCUCGUCCUUGUCCCCUCACGACGCGCCUUGGCCAGGGAUCACUGGCGGUUACUACGGUACACAAGCCGUGGACUAUACACCCUCGAUUGACCACUAUUCCCUGUCCUCCGGCAUCAAGAGAGAGAGCCACUUUCGUGCCAAGAGUGCCAGCGAACGCUUCGGGUGCGGUCAAGACAGUAUGAUGGCACAGUUCUUUCCUAUGGAGAGGAAGCUACCACAUCCAGACUACAACUACCUAAGAUAUCAGUACAGCAGCAAUGGUAAAGACUAUCACAAGCUCUCCAACUCCACGCACGGAGGGGGGCCAACGGCGCCGUCAGGUGGCCUAUUCGCCGCGACAGACAAGCACGCCGGCGGGCUUGGACAGUGGAGUGCCCCGCCAGGUCCCACAACAGGACCCGUGAGUAACAACAACUUCACCGGGGCCGACUCCCACCCAAACACCGCCUGUUCCACGCCCCCAGCCUCGAUACCCAGCAGCACCAACGGAGCCAGCCCUCUGCAAGAUUCGUGCGGUGCAACAAGCUGGAUGGCGCCAAGAGUGGGCCGCAAGAAACGCUGUCCCUACACCAAGUACCAAAUUCUCGAGCUGGAAAAGGAAUUCCUCUUCAACAUGUACGUCUCGCGAGAACGGCGCCAGGAAAUCUCGCGCCACGUGAACCUGAGUGACCGGCAGGUCAAAAUCUGGUUCCAGAAUCGGCGGAUGAAAAUGAAGAGGAUGAACAAAGCCCGAGAGGAGCAGCUACGGAAUCAGCAAGAGCGGGGACAUCAGGCAGUCGCGCCGGUCUCAGGGUGAACAUGGUCCCGAAGCGGUUGACCUGAGUCCCCCGCUGGCUUCUUCCAGCAGCAGAGAGCAAUCAGACAUAAACUUGUUGCUGUUUCCAACCGACCAAUGAAAUCCCUUUGACGUAGUGUCAACGUAGUAUAGUAGAAGUCCCCUAAAUUUGAACUUUGUACGGUGCCAUGGCGUAUGUAUAAUUGUUAAGUGAUAAAAACGCAGUUAAAUUCCACGGUCCAUACUGUUAAACGCCCCAAAUAACACAUACACUCACUCGGGAUACUUAAAUGCGAGAAUACGCACAUAAAAGUUGUAGACGGCUUGGGUUCAUUCGACCGUGUGUAGAGCGAGGUGUGUGGAUGGCAUUUAAACCCUGGCAAGGAGUUCAGAAGGGGCGGUAGAGUUUUCAGUGUUGGGCCUUUGGGAGUCGACAGAUCGAUUUGUAAGCAACAAAUCAAAGAGAUUUAACCUCCGGAAAGCGCCUGGAUUAACCCAACAAACCUCGCUCUCCGCGCAGUUUGGCCGUAACUUGUCACCACUCCAAUGAAUUUUAUUGGCAAACCCCACGUAAUGGAUGCCCCCCUCCCCAAGUCAAUCCCACAAACCUCUAAACCAAAGGAUGUUCAUUUAUAUAUGAUAGCCAUAUCUUCAUGAAAUCAAACCUAUUGUAUAUAAAUUAAUAGGAAAAAAGGUUCAUCACAUGUAAAUCGGUUCCUACUCACGUUUAGGUAGUUUGUUUUAGCAUCAUCAUAAUUAAACAAGCACCAU